AUGUCUAGCAGCACGCUAAACAAAGCAACAGUGCAUCCAACGCCACGCCCUUCAGCUAGUCUGGUGCUGAUCAACGAGAGAAAUGAAGUUUUGAUGGUCCAACGUAACCCACAUGCUAGCACCUUCGCGGGAGCGACGGUAUUUCCAGGAGGAAACUUUGACAAGAAACAAGAUUCGUCUUUGAAGAUCACAGCAAUACGAGAGGCGUUUGAAGAAUCCGGCCUUCUGAUUGCUCGUCCAUCCGACAGCUUGUCCCGAACACCUUCAGAUGCAGUACUCGACGAAGCGAGGUUUGCAGUCCAUAGCCAGACGAAGACUUUCCAGCAGUUCAUGAAUGAAAAUAACUUGAUAGCGGAUACCGAGUCGUUGCUGCCUUUCACUACUUGGAUUACACCCAUCGAAGCGCCAAGGCGAUUUUACACUCAAUUCUACGUAGCGUUCCUUCCAGAAACCUCCGCCUCUGGGUUCAUGGCUGGCAGUAAGCAGGAACGUUUACCGAAACCUGACGGAGGACAAGAAGUCAUAGCCGCCAGGUUCAUCCGUCCAGAAGAAGCCUUGGCUGAGUUCAAUGCGCGGAAAAUCAAGUUUAUGCCUCCCCAAUACUACAUACUGUAUACUCUAUCGAACAUACUGCGUGGUGCUACUAGCACAUUUGAAGAACGUGUUGCGAUACAAAGAUUAUCGUCUGGGAAUUUUGGUCGUAUGACUAUCAACCCUCGUCGGCUGGUUCAACCUCAAUCUUCUUCGGACGCUACUACAUUGACCUACGAAGGGGACGAGACUCGGGGAGGGCCUUCUGGACGUCUGCAUAGGGUUGUCGUUAAGAUAGGCAAAGGCGGCAUAACCACUGCGAUUACGCUGCACCGAAAUUUUGACAUAUUUACGGAAAUAGAACCCCAUAUCUCCGGGGUUUCCUCAAAGCUCUAG